CGUGAUGGCGUCUAGGCGAAAAAGGUCUCACUCCAAAGCUGGAAAAUCCGAUUCGCAGCUGCAGACUCCUACUGAGACCAAGCGUCUCAAGACGGAUGAUGUACUUCCAGUACCGAUGCUAACAGAGGAAUCUGCCACUGAGGAUGUGAAUAGAAGUUUAGUUUCAACGUUUACUAGUACUUGCUCCAGAAUAGCUGAACUCUUUGGACGCGUGAAAGGAAGCGGCGAGCACAAUAUAAAUUCUGAACUAGAGUUGGCUGAAUGGAAGGGUGAGGUAUCAUUGCUGAUGAUAAAAUUGAAGCAGCUCAAUCGAGAUGCACAGAUUCGUUGCAAGGAAGCAAGAGAUAAAACAAGUGAAGCUCGACAACGAAUAGAUGACCAGCAUUUGCAACUACAGAAUCUUCUUUAUCAAGUCAUGCAUCUGCAGAAAGAAAUUCAUGAAUGCUUAGAGUUCAAAUCUCGUGAUGAAGAUAUUGAGUUGGUAUCUGAAGGAGAAUUUUAUCAAGAUGCUCCUAAGACCAUUUCAAAACCUAAUGAAACUCAAACUGAUUCACACAAGCGGAUGCUUGCAAGACUUGACUGGGAACUGGAACAGAGGAAGCAAUUAACUCAGCAACUGGAAUUGGCCACGUUUGAGAAGCAAAAGUUGCUUGAAGACAUUGAAUCAAAAAGGAAAUUUCUGUCUAGUUUGCAGCCUCAGCUUGAUGUCAUAUUGAAGGCAACAAUUCCAGUGCAAGCUCAAAUGGGAAUGCAGUUUGAGAAGAUAAGGACACAGCAUGCUCUUGCUAUGCAUUUGCCUUCAACUCUCUACGUGCUCUUUGUUCAAGCUAGUGCCUAUCAGGAAGCACUAGACCCCAACUUGACUGUCUCCAUUGAGGGUGAUGUAGAUGCUGCCAAGCUGUUUGUUGUGAGGACAGAUCCUGUAGCUGAUGAAGGUAGAGAGAGUGAUUCUGAUCGUGAAGAAAGUCAGAGUCAGAAACGGAAGAAACGUCGUCGCUCGGUCAAUCAGGCCCUUUUAGAAAAGCAAGCUAAUCUAAUGAAAACUCAUCCAUUGAGUAUUCGAUUCACUGUUAAAUGCAAUGACCAAACUGAUGUGGUAGUGGAUUUUCAUAGCAUCGUUGCACUAGGGAUUGUUACAGUAAAGGUUUUUACUGAAGGCCAGGAAUUCAGUGAUCUAUUGGAUCCUAGUUCUCUCUUGAUCGAGUUGUUUUCUGGUGAUACAGGACUUCGAUCUCCUAACCCUACUAAUUCUUUCCAAAUGAAAAAGCUUGGGUUGCAUGCAGAUUCGUUUGAUAUGUUUGCUGAAGAAGUUGGUCUGCCUUACAAAUGGGCUCAGUGGAUUGCCGGUUUAGAUUUUUUGCCUGACAGUCAUGCAGAAUUGUCGCCAGCUUUUGCUGCCAGUAAGAUGGAAUUUGUUGUUGGGGCUCUAAAACAGAGACUUGAGACUCGUGUAUCUCUGCGGGCACAGAUUACACAACUAGGGCAUUUGAGUGUUUCCGAUUUAACAAAGAGUGAAACAUUGUUUCCUCGGAAAGUCAAGUCAAAACUGAUUUCAUGGAAGCAAUAUUCAAAAGAUGAAGUUGAGACAUACUUGGAUGGCAGAUCAGAAAUGACAAUAGCUAUGGUCACCCCAACAGCCAACUAUUGCUACAGAGCCGAUAUACAACACGGCAGCGCAAAAUUGACGACGUUGAUUGCCAUUAACAUUUGCUACCCGAGAGUUCCUCCAUUGUUUAUCAUUUCUGUGAAUAAUGGGGCAUCAGGCGCGUUCACGUCCGAUAAUGAUUUGAAUAUCAAAAUGCUUGAAGCCGAAGUGAACGUAUACUGGAAGGAGCUGAUUUGCAGUCAAUCGGCGGAUUUGUUGCUCUCUCUCCAGAUACGAAGACUUCAGAUGUGUUUCGAUGUAUAUCUGGAGUGCAAACAGACUGUCAGUGGCCAUAGUCGAAAGGACAGACUGUGGAAUCGAUUGGCAUGUGGCAAGCAUCGUUGUCUUCCAGUCGUUUAUCAGAGUGACCAAGGCUUUUUUAGACCACGAUGAUAGACCAGCAAUCAAUAUUCACUACAUGGUCGUAACCAAGUAGUUUUAAGACUUGUUCUAUUGCGUAUUUUCAAUUGAACCAGACGUCAGAUCGUGUGAUUUCCAGUGUAAUAAAUAAAAACGAAAGUAACCACAGUAACCAGAGAAGUUUGUUAUCC